AAUAGGUUAAACUUACAAAAAAGUCUCAAAUUAGCAAGACUUAGCGACUGCAUCAAAUCAACCGCUGUCUAGCUAGCUAGCUACCUCUCUGUUUGUUCAAAUUCAUCUUCUAAUUCUUCCAUGUCUAAGGAAUCAAGAGACUUUUAUUACCGAUCUCUCUUCCAUGACGAUCAACAUGAUAUUUCUGCAACCGGCGGCAUGUAUAAUGACCACAAGCCCUCCAUUGCUGGUUCUUCUCUUCAUACUACUUCACAGGGGUUUGAUGCUGGAACCGUCAACUUUUCCGACUGCUUAAAUGGGUUGGUGGAUUAUAAUUCUCUUGAAAAGGCCUUCGGCAUGUCGCCUUCUUCAUCUGAGGUGUUUUCUUCCGUUGAAGGUAAUCAGAAACUGGUUAGUCCUGAAGGUGAAAACUUGGCGACCGCAAAUUCUUCCAUCUCUUCUUCUUCCACCGAGGCCGGUGCAGAAGAAGAUUCCGGCAAGAUUAAGAAAGAGACGCCAGCAAAAGGGUCCGAUGAUGGAGGAGAACCCUCCAAGAAAAUGAGCAAAGGAAAGAAGCAACAAGGAGAAAAAAGACAGAAGGAACCGCGAGUUGCCUUCAUGACAAAGAGCGAGGUUGAUCAUCUUGAAGACGGGUAUAGAUGGAGAAAAUAUGGACAAAAAGCUGUAAAGAAUAGUCCUUAUCCAAGAAGCUAUUACAGGUGCACUACUCAGAAAUGCACAGUGAAGAAACGCGUGGAGAGGUCAUUUCAAGAUCCAUCGAUUGUCAUCACAACGUACGAGGGCCAACACAACCACCCUACCCCCACAACGCUGAGAGGCAGCACCGCCGGAAUGUUCCAGCACUCUAUGCUAACGCCGACGCCGAUCAACAUGUCGAGCUACUCCCAUCAUGAAUGGCUUGGAAGUUACAUGCCUGGUGCAGCCAUACAUAAUACCCAUGGUGGCGGUGGUGGUGGCGCUAUGCAAAUGCACCCACAGAAUAAUGUAAACGUCUCUUUUGAGCAGUAUCAUGAUCAUCAACCACAGCUUCCAGAUUAUGGGCUUCUGCAGGACGUGGUUCCUUCUAUGUUUCUCAAAAAAGAGCCAUGAAUAAUUGGUCAACCCUUCUCUCCAUAUCCGCUACCUUGCCUCUCAUUGUAAAUUUUCUUACUAGAUAUAAAGAGAGGUACAUGAUUUUUUUUUCCUUUUUCUCUAUUUUGUUUCUAACCUUUCAGUGCAAAACGAUGAUUAUAUAUCUAGCGACUUUAUCUAUUCUGGAAGUGAAAUUGUAGUCCUUGAUUAGAAAUUAGAGGUGUAAUUUGCUUGCACUACUGCCUCUUUUGAGAGAUUUAAUGUUUCUAGAGCUGGAGAGGAUGAUGAUGAUGUUUACCUUCUGUAAAAGCAUUUCAUUUCCCUUUAUAAUAUACUAGAAAUGGAGUUUUUAUA